GUCACGCCUGCUCGGGAGCGUGAGUCUUCUCCAGCUCCUGCCGUAAGAUGGAGGCAGGGAGUUAACAGCACAAGGGCCAUUGCAACGCCGCAGGUUAUUAAAGCAAAAAGGGAAUGACGAUAACAAAGGAAAGCAAAAAAUUGAUAGCACUCUUAAGAAGGCUGUGAGGCCACUGCCGAGCACAGUGGGAAAGCACACUACCAGCUGCUCGCAUUGCAUUCCGCGGUGAAGCUGAUUCACGACCUCCGCUGGAGUGGCUAUUUCCAAAAGUCUGAGUGAGCACGGUUUGCCAAGAUGUGGAAUGUUCAUCGGACAUACAACCAAGGAGGAAUCGAACCAUUUUUAACACACAGAGUCUGUACGGCAGCAUUCCCGUGGGUCUCCAUCCUGGGAGAAAUGGCCUGUGAUUGGCUGAAGGUUUGCACGCUCCUGUAUCUCUGCGCCUCACCUGUGGUGGUUAGCGCUGAAGACGUCGUCGUGGUGUGUGCUGACAUCAAGACCAGCUGCCAGGAUCACAGCCCGGGCAUCAAGGUCCACGUCCGAUACCUGCUCCUAACCCGACAGAACACACAGUGUGCCAGCCUCUUUACCCACGACCACCUCAACAUCACCCAGCAGCACACCGCGCACUUCAACUCAACACUGCCAACCAAAGUCAUUGUUCAUGGCUACAGAGCUCCGGCCAGUAAGCCAUCUUGGAUAAACAACUUAACCGAAGCCUUGUUACGGGUGGAGGAUGCGAACGUCCUAGUGGCUGACUGGGUCUGUGGAGCCUCCUUAGCCUACAACAAGGCAGUAGAGAACUACAAGGAGGUGUCAUUUCAAAUAUUCACUCUUAUUAAACAGCUGAAGAACCAGGGAAGCACUCUGGAAUCGUUCCAUAUCAUUGGGAUAAGUCUCGGAGCACAUGUGGCAGGAUUUGUGGGGACUCUAUUUAAAGGCAAACUGGGACGAAUUACAGGCCUGGACCCAGCUGGGCCCAUGUUCAAGAACGCCGACCCAUCUGACCGCCUGGAUCCCUCAGACGCUCUGUUUGUGGAGGCCAUCCACACCGAUUCUGACAAAUUUGGCAUUUCUAUUCCUGUUGGGCAUGUGGACUUUUUCUUAAACGACGGUAUGGAUCAAACUGGAUGCGUGCACUCUUUUACAAGACUUUCAAUGUAUGGCUAUCUCAUCUGCGACCACAUGAGGGCGAUCUAUGUGUAUAUGAGCGCACUGGAUGGCUCGUGUUCCCUUACCGGCUUCCCGUGUUCCAGUUAUGAGGGUUUCCUAGCAGGACAGUGUACCAGCUGCGAAAACACCCCUAGUGGGACAUGUCCUCAGAUAGGCUUGCUGAAGAACAGUGGGAUAAAAGUGUCACCUCUUCCCAAAUAUGAGAAAGUGUACCUCCUGACAACAUCUGACGCUCCCUUCUGUACACAUCACAUCCUGAUUGAGCUGAAGGUAUCCCAGCUAGAGAAGAGUGCUGAGGUGCAGUUCAACCUUGUCUCCACCGGAGGCGCCGAGACAGGGCAGAAACUCCUGCUAAAACCACACAAAACUGUCUAUAAAAUGGUGGUAGGACAUCCAGAGUACCUUUGUAAGAUCAACUCUGUCCAGAUGAAGAAUACGGGUAUUCUGUUCUACAGACAGGGCGACAUCCACAUUGAGUACUUCUGCAUCUCCGAGGUCCCUAGCAGCCGGAAGAUGUAUCCGCUGUGUGUGGAGAACAUUAAUGUUCAAAGGAAAGCACCGUGGUCACAUGACUAUGUCCAGGUGUGCUGAACACACCUAGAGGUCGGGGUCUCUCAAUGCCAGACAACAGGCCAGACUCCAAAACGCUCACAUUUAUACUAGGGCCUGGUGAAGAUGGUGUAAAAAUGUUUGGGUUUGUGACACACUUACAACAUGGAAAACACACACACUGGUAUACUGUAAACACACACUAGUAUACUG